UAUUUUUGCCCGGUAGCCAUAUUGCAAAAAAAACGCAAAAUAAAGCACCGCCCCUGCUGCAACUGCAAGUGUCGACUGCGAGAGAAACCCUAGACUGAUCGAACCGGCUACCUACACCGGAAACCGAGAUGUCGUCGACGCUACUCGAGGUGACUCGUGCGGCUCACGAAGAUGUGGAACGCCUCGAGCGGCUCAUAGUGAAGGACCUACAAAAUGAGCCGCCUUCCGGCAAAGACCGCUUGUACCAAAGCCACCGUGUCCGCAAUAAUAUCGAAACCAUCAUCGCCACCAGCGAAAAGCUUGUUGAGAUAUAUGAAGAUAGAGAUAAUGCGAGGAAAGACGAAAUUGCUGCUCUUGGAGGCCAAACCGCUACAGGGACUAACGUCUUUAGCGCUUUUUAUGAUAGAUUGAAGGAGAUUCGUGAGUACCAUAGAAAGCACCCUGCUGCUCGUGUUGUUGAUGCUAAUGAAGAGUAUGAGGCUUUGCUUAAAGAAGAACCAGUUGUCGAGUUCAGUGGCGAGGAAGCCUUGGGUCGGUACUUGGAUCUGCACGAAUUGUUCAAUCAGUACAUUAAUUCUAAAUUUGGAGCCAAAACUGAAUACUCUGCUUACCUUGAUGUAUUCUCACGGCCGCAUAAUAUCUCUUGGAAACUGAAGUCAACUAUGCAAUACAGGGAGUAUAUGCAGAAUCUGCUGGAGUAUCUGAUAUACUUUUUUCAAAGGACGGAACCACUGCAAGAUCUUGACAGAAUUUUUUCAAAGGUUGAGGCUGGGUUUGAGGAGCAAUGGGCUGAUGGUCAGGUACAAGGAUGGGAGAAACAGGGUCAAGAAAAUGGAGAUGAUCCUGCCCAGCAUACCAUGAUUGAUCUUGAUUAUUACAGCACAGUUGAAGAGCUGAUGGAAGUGGGUCCAGAAAAGUUAAAGGAGGCAUUGGCAGCAUUAGGACUAAAAACCGGUGGUACUGUCCAGCAGCGUGCAGAGAGGCUCUUCCUUACAAAGCACACACCUUUUGAAAAGCUGGACAAGAAACAUUUUGCAAAAGGCUCUCGUAAUCCAGACCAAAAUGGGUCUACUGCAGUUCCACAGGACAUUAACAGUCUGAAAGAUGUUGCGUUGAUGGAGGCCAAGAUGAAGAAACUCUGCGAUUUACUGAGUAAGACAAUUGAACAAACAAAAGAAAAUGUGGUGAAGAAGCAAGCUUUGACAUAUGAGGAAAUGGAACAAGAACGUGAGGAGGAAGAAACACAAGUUGACACGGAAAGUGAUGAAGAGGAUCAACAGAUCUAUAAUCCUCUUAAAUUGCCAAUGGGUUGGGAUGGGAAGCCAAUUCCUUACUGGCUUUACAAGCUUCAUGGUCUUGGUCAGGAAUUUAAGUGCGAGAUUUGUGGGAACUACAGCUACUGGGGCCGGAGGGCUUUUGAGAGGCAUUUCAAAGAAUGGCGCCAUCAGCAUGGCAUGCGAUGCCUCGGUAUUCCUAACACUAAGAACUUUAAUGAGAUCACAAAUAUACAGGAAGCACAAGAAUUGUGGGGGAAGAUACAAGAACGGCAAGGACUAAACAAGUGGCGCCCAGAUCUUGAAGAAGAAUAUGAAGACAAAGAGGGGAACAUCUAUAACAAGAAGACAUAUACUGAUCUGCAGCGGCAGGGACUGAUUUAAAGGCGUUUCUCUUGAGAAGCCCUCCUUGAGUUUAAGAGAAGAGUGUUUCACAUGCGUGCCUCCGCUAGACACAUUGUCUUGAUUACCAAUCAUGAUUUCCCUGAUAACUAUAUAAUCCUUUUCGUACUGACAGGGCCACAACCUUGGCAACCCUGGGGAAUAGAAGCUGGGAUGGGUAGCGGAAGUCAAGGUUCUGCUGCUGUAUUUUUUGUUCUUCCCGUUCUUGUUUUGUGAGUUAGCCGUUGUAUGGGGCGACUAUAUGUAGGCUGCACUUUUUUUUCAGUUGGGCAGAUGGUGUAAUGUAACGCGUGCAUGAAUUUCUCAAAUUUUGUAUGGCAUGAAAACACGAAUUAAAAAAAGGGCAAAGUAACUUAUGAUAAUAUAUUGGUGCAGUCCCCUUGAAA